UGUCGAAAAUCAAAAUAAACUUUGUUUUCCCUAAUUAUUACGCGCUUAAUUCCUACUUUUUCAUAAUUUUAAGUGUUAUUAGUGUAUUAUAGUGACUUGAUUUCAGAAACAAACUAUGUAUCGUUUUAAGGAACGCUUUAACUUACAAAAACAGUUGUAUGUGUAGAAAUACUGUUGAUACGUACAUUUCGGGUGCUUACAAAAUAUAUUUUUCAAAAUGUUUUCAAGGAAACCUGUGUUUAUCAGACCGGAUGAUGACUCAUUAUAUCCAAUCAAAAACAAAGAUGGUGCCAUAGAGACGCUUAUCAACCCUAACAUUGACACCGCAUUAACCAUAGACAAGGAUGCACAGACAAACUUUGUGUACAACAGAUACCACCAUUUACCACUACAGGCCCAAAGGCAGAAGCUACCAGUGUUUCAAUAUAGAAAUCACAUUCUGUAUCUGCUUGAAAAGUAUCAGACUUUGAUAUUGAUUGGUGAAACUGGAUGCGGGAAGUCUACGCAAGUUCCUCAGUAUCUCUACGAAAUCGGACACAAGGUGUGCGUGACCCAGCCGCGCGUCGCCGCGGCGUUUACACUAGCGAGCCGCGUAGCAGACGAGCGCGGCGAACUGCUCGGCGAGCAAGUCGGGUAUGCGGCGGCUAUGACUUCUAUGCGUACUGUGGACACUGGUAUAGUGUUCAUGACGGAAGGUGUUCUUCUAAGGGAGAUGUUCGCUUCGCCAUUGCUUAUGCAGUACUCCUGUAUCGUUUUAGAUGAGGUCCACGAAAGAUCUCAAUUGACAGAUGUCCUGAUGGGACUGUUGAAAAAAAUUGCAAAGAAAAGAAAAAACCUCAAGAUUGUUGUAUCAUCAGCAACUAUGGACGCAGAUUUCCUGAAAGACUUCUUCAAUUUAAACGACAAAAAAGAAAAGGGCAGGAGUACGUCUGUCGUGAUGGCCAUGCAGGGCAGGACACAUCCUAUCGAAGUGUUUUAUGUUGAAGAACCAGUUCCGGAUUUCGUGAAAGCCACAGUCGAUACAGUUAUAAAGAUCCACGAAAACGAGCCUUUCGGAGAUGUGCUGGCGUUCUUGACUUCGCAAGAAGAAAUACUAUCGGCCAUGGACACCCUAGAGGCUUACGCUUCGGAUAACAACGAGAAGAACAAGUUCAGGAAGAUUUUCCCCAGCGGUAUAUCCGCAUCUAACCUCAAUAUAGUGGCCAUGUAUGGAAGCUUACCGCACUACAAGCAGGUCAAAGCCUUCCAGAUGUGCGACAGGAAUGUGCGGAAAGUGGUGCUGGCCACCAACAUCGCGGAGACCAGCGUCACCAUCCCGGGAGUUGUCUAUGUGAUAGACUGCGGUUUCCACAAGCUUCCACACUUCGACCCAGCGGUGGGCGUGGAGUGUGUGUCCGUGUGUCCCGUCUCCAAACACAACGCGACACAACGCGCGGGCCGAUCGGGCAGGACCAGUCGGGGGAAAUGCUAUAGAUUGUACACUGAAUCAGAUUAUGACAACUUACCACCGAGUGUGCCUCCGGAGAUGUGCAGAAGUGAUUUAUCAGCUAUAUUACUACAACUGAAAGCGCUCGGAAUACAUAAUUUGUUAAGAUUCACAUUCCCAACCCCUCCACCCGCUAAAAGUCUUCUCGCGGGGCUGGAGACACUGUAUGCGUUGCAAGCGAUAGACAAAGAAGGGGAUUUGACAGAGGACCUGGGAGUCAAAAUGGCCGAAAUACCUUUGAAGCCGAUGUGCGCUAAAAUGCUAUGCAGUAGUGGUGAUUAUGGAUGCAUAGAUGAGAUACUAUCCAUAGUGGCCAUGCUACAAGUGGAUGGUAUUUUUACCAAGCGUGCUACCGGUAAAGAGAAUAUCGCCGCGAGAAUAUCUAGGAGGAAUAACUUUGAGGUAGCCGAAGGUGAUAUAAUAAUGUAUUUAAAUAUAUUCGACUCGUAUUCAAAAGUGAGAUCGAGUGGAGAUGAAAGGAGAUCGAAGAAGCUAUGCAAAGACUGGUGUCAGAAGAAGUAUAUAAAUUAUAGAGUUAUGGAAAAGGCGGUGGAGAUAAGGAACAGUUUAGAGAAACUGGUCAAAAAUAAAUUCGGCUUGACGAAUGCAACGUUUGAAGGACUGGACUUAGGAACAGCCAAGUGCGUCCGCGUGAUGAAAGCAGUGCUCUCGGGACUGUUCCCGCAGGCCGCGUACCUGUCUCCCGACAACACGUACCGCGGCAUCCGCGGGGCGGUACUCCACAUCGGCCCGGACUCCUGCCUGUACCACGUCCAACAACCCAAGUGGGUGGUGUUCGCGAGCGUGCAGAGUGCGGGCGAGAAGACAUACAUGCGAGAAAUGAUGACCAUAGACAAGCAGUGGCUCGUGGAAAUCGCCCCGCACUACUACAGAGAGUCUUGAUUUAAAUAAACGUAUUUUAUAAACAUA